AUCAGCUCUGGAAAUGUUUUCAGUUGAGCUGUGAAUUUCAAUUGAAGCACAUCACGGGGCUAUUUGCCUUGACGUUCCUUUCCAAUACAGAUUUUAUUAAUUUCUUUUUUUAUUGUGUUUGUUUCUUAAGUCUUGAUUAAGUUAACCUUUUGCGCUUUCGCGAAUAAUACGAAAAAAAAAUGAAAAUGAGAUUUUCGAUAGCUUUAUCGAUUAGCGUGGUUUUGCUGCUUGUUUCAUGCCAAAUCGCAAAAUGUCAAGAAGUUGGUGCAGAUGAGCCUACAACUAAAAAACCGGGUUUCUUCAGUCGAUUAUUUGGCAAGGGCAGUUCUUCAUCAACUACCACCACCACUACUACGACGACCACAACGACUACUCCUAGAAAUGUUCCUGCUGCGGCCCCUACCCCUGCCAGACACCCACCAAAUCGUGUGCCACCAAAUCAAAACAAUCCAUUUGGGGCCAACGGCCUUGGACCAGGUCCAAUUCCAAACUAUCCAAAGCCACAUCAACAACCAUCCGGUCUGAGUUUGAGUUAUGGCCCGACACCACCUCCCAGAGGAGUACAUUCAACUGGUUCUAAGACACCUCUUGCUCCAAUGGUAACACCUCCAGCUAGUCCGACCCCAGGAUCAGUACCGAUGCCAGUUGCAGUUCCACAAUCAACCACGACAACAACAUCAACAACAACGACAACCACUACAAUUAAACCAAAGCCAAUAAAUUCUCAAGCCCCAAUUGCUAGACCUGAGAGUUUCUCUGACUUUGAGGAUCCAAAGAAGUCCCUAGUGCCAACACCGUUGACACCAACUACAACUAGGAAGCCAACAACGGUUAAAGAAGAUUUCCCAGCUCUUCCACCUCCUCGAAGGCCAUCGAUUAAAGAAGACUUGCCUGCAUUACCUGCAAGGCCAUCUUCCCCCGGAUCACCAAACCCUACACCUUCAUCACCCUCUGCUUGGGGCAGCAGCACUCCAUCCAAUGGCAAUCGUGUCGCUUUUAUUCCACAUGUUCCUGGAAGCACAACAACUGUUGCACCUGGUUCAAGUACCACAGGAAAAUCUCUGGCUUCGGACGAUGAAAUUCGACAACUUACUGAGACCCUUUACAACAAGGAAACCAACUCCCAGCUAAGUCAGAUAACUGUCAACAUUCAAGGAAAGACACGUUCCAUAGAUAGCACUGAUGAAGCUCCACAGCCCCUUCUUCAAGUCGACGAAAAGGCUCUUCAGCCCCUGACCAUUGCCAAGAUGCGGGAUCUCUUUAACAACUAUGAAAUUGAUACCUCCACCAAUGAACAUGUAACUCCUUUGGAGAGGAAAGAAGAGAAUGACUUUGUUGAUGCAGUCAUGGCCACAAACGUUAUGCGCCAAGCAAUGUUAUUCCUUCAAAACAAAGGAAUUGUAACUCCUGAUCCGAAAACCCACCGUGACCUUGUAAAAUCCCUUUGGUUUACACUCUAUUCUCGGGGACAGGGUAAGAUCGGAAGCUCUGGAUUCGAGCAUGUUUUUGUGAAUGAAGUCAAGAAUGGUACAAUAAUUGGUCUGCACAAUUGGGUCUACUUUAAUGAAGAAGAGAAAGCUGGACGUAUCGACUACAAGGGUUAUCUGAACAAGCUUGAUUUGGGAAAUAAAGGAAUAAUUGUCAAGACACGUUUCACCCAUAAUGGCCUUAACAAACCGGUCAAUACUUUGUUUGUUGGAACAAGUCCCGAACUCGAAUUGGCUCUGUAUACUGUUUGUUUCGAAUUGAGAGGUGAUAAGUUGUGUCCAGUUUCGUUGGGAGGGAACAGAUUUAAUAUCCAGACAUACUCGUGGAGGUAUCGCGGCAAGAACUUGAUUGGUUCUGCAUAUCCUGAAAUUUAAUUUUAAAUCAAUAAAUCAAGAAAUGCCAGAGUAUAGAAAUUUGACAUUGGCGUAAGUAUAUA